UCCCCGGCCACCAAAUCUUCAUCAACAAAGGGAAUCGGUGCACUGGCCCAAGCCAGCACGUCAUGCUGAACAUCUCUUAUAAAUACUCUUCCGACGGGGCGAAACUUCUUCAAGAUGACCGCCUCAACCGGAUGAAAUCCCGCGUCUAUCCCGAUUAAACUUCACGAGCUACUAGGAAGCCGUUAAUGCCAACUGCAGCUCGUUGUUCUUGGAAGCAGUCGAUCGCAACGAGAAGAAACCCCGACGAUACGGGAUGGGAUGCCGCUGAUUUGUACUCAAAAGUGAAGAAUAGCACCUGCUCGCAUCACAUCCGUUUGAGCGCUCGUAGGGAGGUGAACCAGCUCGACGACUUUAUGUACAGUCAGAAGGAUGACGUGGGAGAGAAGCCGAAGCUGGUGGCUCGCAAGUCGGCGCGGCUGGUGUCACGCCAUUGGGACUAUGGGCCUGUUCUUCAGGCUGCCGACGCAGGUUACGAACCUGAAUCAAAACUGUUGUACGACUGCAAAAGAAAUGCCCCGGCCUGACCGCCUGCUUCCGACGAGCGGCGGCUAACACUCGUUUCCGGUAACUGGAUCGGCAGGUUUAUCUGGAAAGCUGGAUGCCCUGGCGCAGAAGGCCAUCCAGAUCGUGAGGAUGAACCCAGGUCAUCGUAUAAAAAUCGCCAGAAACUGCCAUCUGACACGGUUAAUCAAA